CCACUCACCGCAGAGAUGGUUUAUCGCCUGCCUUUGCUCCAUCAAACGAAUAACUAACUCCAGAACACACACCACCAUCUCUCUCUCUCUCUCUCUCUCUCUCCAAGACAACGGAGGAGGAGAAGGGGAGGGACGAACUCCUAACAUGCAUGUAGAUCCCCAAUCCAGACGACCGAAUUGAAUGCACUGAUUCGACAGAAGAAGCCGAACAAACCCAUUUCCAAUGGAGGAAGAAGCCAAUGAAAACCCAGACUCUGAAUCACUCAAUGGAACGAAAAAAGAUGCCAAAAUCGAUGAUUUGUCAUCACCGAGAGGCGUAUUGGAGGCCCCUGUUUCGGGUUCUUCAGAUUCUGACAAUAGCAGUAUCAGCAGUGGAAGCAGCAGUUUUGACUCAUCUGCAGCGGAGAAAUCGCCAGUGGAAAAUCCUCUGAUUGGAGAGAUCAGUAGUAAUAAUGUGUUGCAUUGGAAGAAUUUGAUUGAGAAUAUAAAGUGGAAAUCUGUGAGAAGAUUUUCAACGAUUCCUUUGAUUGGAGGGUACGAUUUGAAGAAUUUGAGGAGGAAGUUGGGGAGGAAUCGAAGUGCAGAUGAGGAGAUUGACUGCGGCGAUUCUGUGGUGCCGAAACCGUCGUGGAGGAACUUCAGCCGCUCCGAGCUUUCGGCUGCAACUGACAAUUUCAGCCCAGAGAAAUUGAUUGGGAAAGGGGGUCAUGCCGAAGUGUACAAAGGGUGCUUAUCGGAUGGUCAAGUUGUCGCAGUGAAGAGGAUAACAAAGAAAGACAAGAAAGAUGAGGAUAGAGUUGGCGAUUUCUUGUCUGAGCUUGGGAUCAUAGCUCACAUCAACCAUCCAAAUGCUGCUAAACUGAUCGGGUUUAGCGUUGACGGCGGCUUCCACCUUGUCCUCCAGUUUUCUUCCCACGGAAGCCUUGCUUCCUUGCUACAUGGUGCGACAGAGUGUUUGGAAUGGAAGAUAAGGUUCAAGGUUGCUCUUGGGGUAGCAGAGGGAUUGCAGUAUCUACAUUGUGAAUGCCACAGGCGCAUAAUCCACAGAGACAUUACAGCCUCAAACAUAUUGCUCACUGAAGACAAUGAACCUCAGAUAUCUGAUUUUGGGCUUGCGAAAUGGCUACCAGAAAAAUGGAUUCACCAUGUUGUUGAUCCCAUCGAGGGAACAUUCGGAUAUAUGGCUCCUGAAUAUUUCAUGCAUGGAAUCGUUGAUGAGAAGACUGACGUGUUUGCAUUUGGAGUUUUGUUACUGGAACUUAUAACCGGUCGCCGCGCAGUUGAUUCAUUUCGACAGAGCCUUGUGAUGUGGGCAAAACCACUGUUGGAAAACAACAAUAUCAAAGACCUAGCCGAUCCUAAACUGGGAGACGCCUAUGACACCAGCGAAAUGAAACGCGCCGUCUCAACAGCAUUGUCAUGCCUUCACCACUUGCCCAACAUGCGGCCAACCAUGGGCCGGGUUGUGCAGAUAUUGAGGGCUGAGUCAUCAUCUGGCCAAACAGAGCUUAAGCAGAAGUCUCUGGGAGGGAAGGCUAUCAUUGUGGAUGCUUGUGACUUGGAAGAUUACACUUGUACAAAUUACCUCAAUGACCUCAAUCGCCAUAUGCAGCUUGUUUUGGAGUAAAAUGGUUGCCCUUUUUUUAUUGAUUCAUAAAUCUCUGGCAUAAGAGAAAAAGACUGGAAAGUUAACAAUGGCGUCGCCUCUGGUGUACAUAGUAACAUAUAUAUUGGGAAAUGGAAAAUGAUUUUUGUCGGCCAUAAAAA